CGUAGGCGAGUUUUUUCCCAUAUCGCACGCGCAAGAAGUCGCAAUGUCUUUGUGAACGUCCAGCUGCAAAGAACUGUGCGUUAUUUCGUUAGUGAUCGCCGCCCAAAAUGUGGAAUACUAGAUUAGCAGUUGUUUAUGGUCUUCUGGCCUUUGCACUUAUCGCCAAAGGUCAGCAGAACGCGAACUACAAUUACCAGCCACCCCAGCAAUCUCGGGGCAGCUCUCAAUACCUGCCCCCUGAUAACCAGUACCUUCCCUCUGACCCUGCUCUUGAGGCUAGUCAGGGCCCUUCCAAUCAAUACCUCUCACCUGAGGAGGACCGCAAUCUGCUUUCGGACGCCAACGAAGGAUCGCAGCAGAUCAUAGGCCUUGAACAGCCUCACCAGGACAAAGGUGGAGAACACCACGGAGGAGACCACCACGACCAUCACGAGCACUGGGACCUGAGAGAGUCGAUCCCUGGAGAACCGGGAGAAGACUACCCACUGCACCACACACCUCCCGAAACAGGAUUUUCCUGUCAGGGUAGAAUAGUUGGUUACUAUGCAGACAUUCAGGCUGGCUGCCAAGCAUUCCACGUUUGCACCGGAGACGAUUCGUCACCGCAGUCCUUCCUUUGUCCGAACGGGACGAUUUUCAACCAAGAGGUUUUCGCGUGCGAGUGGUGGAACAACGUCGACUGCGCCGCUUCUGAGACCCACUAUGCGAAAAAUAGCGAAAUAGGUGUGGUAAUUCCUUACAAGGGCGAGCGCAUUCCCGUGGUGCGAACCCAAAGCAACCCUCAAAUCAACUCCGAAAACGACAUCAACUUCCAACCAGCGUCAAGUAACGAGGACGAGAGCCGUCUUUACUUGCCUCCAACCGAUGCACCUCCUCCGACCACAACUCGCAGACCAGUCACUCAGCCUCCCAGCACUUACCUUCCACCUCAAAGGGUGACGCGCCCUCCUCCACCGCCGCCAGCUCCCUCGACGCCCCGACCAACCUUCCGUCCCAUAGUUGUUGCUGAAAUUCCCACGAACCAAAUCCAACAGCAAUCUAAUUUUAAUAAUAAUUUCCAAGGCUACGACUAUCCCAAACCGACCACCACGCAGCGUCCCAUUGCGGCCGGCCCUUCCAAUAACCUCCCUUCGUUCAGUGAAACUGACGGGUACAGCUACCCCAAACCUGAAGUUGGUCUGCCUGACCCCACCCGUCGGCCGGUUACAACCACAACGCGCCGUCCUGUGCCAACUACGACCACCACCAGAAGGCCCAUUGUGACAACAACCACGACUAGGAGGCCAAUCGUAACCACAACUACCACUAGAAGACCUAUCGAUGCAGGUCAGUCAAACCAGUUGCCGUCCUUCAGCGAGGCUGAUGGAUACAGCUACCCUAAGCCCUCUGUUGGCCUUCCUAUUCCAACCACGACCCGCAGACCUGUCACCACCACUCGUCGUCCGAUUGUGACCACAACCACAACCCGCCGUCCUAUUAUUGUCACGACCACUACCACUCGCCGACCGGUCAUCCAAACCACUCAGAGACCUAUUUCCGCUGGACCCUCAAAUGAACUCCCCUCUUUUAGUGAAGCCGAUGGCUACAAUUACCCUAAACCCUCUGUAGGACUGCCCAUUCCAACUACCACAAGGCGCCCUGUUACCACAACAAGGCGUCCAAUCACCACUACAAGGCGCCCUGUAACCACCACGCAGAGGCCAAUUGCCUCUGGUCCCUCAAACCAACUACCCUCCUUCAGCCAAACCGAUGGUUACAGCUAUCCGAAGCCUUCGGUUGGCCUUCCCAUACCCACAACCACCAGGCAACCCAUUACCACCAGGGCGCCAACAACCACUCGACAGCCAGUAUACACCACCACCUUGAGGCCCAACGAUUUUGGUUCCUCCAACCAGAACCCCUCUGUUGAAGGGUACAACUACCCCAAACCCUCUGUCGCCUUCCCCCUCCCAACUACCACUAGGCAGCCCAUAACCACGACAACCCGAAGACCUGUGACCACGACCUUCAGGCCUGUGACCACGACUUACAGGCCAGUAACUACCCAGAGACCUGCCGCUUCAGAUGUAAAUGAGGAGUCUGGCUACAACUACCCAAAGCCCUCUGUCGCCUUCCCACUGCCAACCACCACUAGAACACCUAUUACCACCACCCGAAGACCUGUGACUACAACAUUUAGGCCGGUCACCACCACUUUCCAACCGGUCACCACCCAAAGACCUGCCGCCUCAGGUGUCAAUGAGGAGUCUGGUUACACCUAUCCAAAACCCUCGGUGCCCUUCUUUCUUCCCUCUACCACUCAGGAGCCUGUUUUUAUCCAAACCACUCAGGGUGCCCAAUUUGGUGCCGGCUCAGACGAUUCGUCUUUUGUCACCUCUUCUGCUGCCAGCACCAGCGGCUACAACUAUCCAAAACCAAACAUUCCUUUUGAGCUCCCUCAAAGACCGCAACCCUCACCAGCCCCUUCAGAUAAUGAGGGAUACAGCUACCCCACCCCUGGAUCACCCUUCAGCGUUUACCAGCGCAAUCAGCAGUCGCUGGCUAGCAACGCAAACCUAAUCAAUCAGGCGUACCAAAGCGCUCCUCCCUGCAUCCAUACCCAGCAAAGCGCUGCAUUAACAAGCGCCUCUGCUCACGAGUCUGAAUCAUUAACUAUAACUCAACAAUUCCUCCCUCCUGUAGGAAUCAAGAGCGACGACUCUGGUGUUAUAGUUCAGGCGCCCACCAUUGGUGACCUGGACGGCUACGACUUCCCCAAGCCGAGUAUUGGUUUUGUAACAGGAAAGAAAAAGCCCCUCAAAAAUGAGGUGCUGGCACCGUUCAACCCUGAGGAAGCCACCCAAGACAUUGGGGGACAACAGAUCCAACAAAAUAGCGGCCAGUUCCAGCAAGCUUUUAUCGACGGCUUCAACUUAGCACAGCAAGGCAAUAGUGCCACUUACAGUCGACAGCAGUCUGCCCUAUCAAGUUAUAGCCACUCUGGCAGUUUUGUGGAGAGCCAAAAAAGUCAGCAGAUAGCAAAUCACGUUUUGGAAAUCAUCCCGUCCAUUUCUUAUUCCUAUCAGCUCGAAAACAAGCAAGAAGAUCCACUUCAAGGUUUUCAGCGAGCCGCUGCUCCUUCAGCUUUCAAAAGAUCGAAAAACCACGCCAUUUAUUAAAAUUGUAGAGUGUUUUCAAUUUUGUGAUCAUUAAUGACUUUUGUCUGCUGCUCUUAAUUUUGAUAUUGAAGAUAUUUGCUGCUAUUUCAAUAUCAGCUAGUUAAUAUGUCAUAUUUUUAUAGUAAUUUAAUUUAUCAAUAAGUGACCAUGAAUGCCAUCUGUAAAAUGAUUUUUGGAGAGUGCGCUAUAAAUAUAAUUGAUAAAUUGGGCUCAUAGGGUUGUGUUUGAGGAAAUACGUUAAGGCGCUCUGAAGCUAUUAGAGCCUGAAUGUCUUGUGCAACUGGGUACAAAAUAAACAUUUUUACACAUAACCUAUCUUUGAAAAAAAUAUUAUUUUUGACUCCUGUCCAAUCAAGACUAUCAUAUAACGAACAAGAUGAAAAUUGGAAAGUGCAAACAAUUUGUUACAAUUAUAUUAUUUAAUUCACAAUUAUAAUUAAAAUGUUGUGAAAAUUUUUAAGUGGUUUUUUUUAUAUCUUAUUUUAUAUAAAAUCAAAAAUCAACUUUGGUCUGGUUUUAAAUAGCAAUGCUUAGUUUUGUUCAGCGCUGCAGCAGAUUUGCAAUAAAAAUGUCUUAGGGCUUUGAUAUUUUGACAAUAUAUUAAAUUUUUACUAAAAUUGUUCAUUU